AUGGUGGGUGACUGCCUCCGGGACAUGACGGGGAAGUGUGGGGGUCUGAUUACAACAACGUCAAGAAAACUGGAUCGGGAACAGCAAGCAGAGCAUUUUUUGGAGGUAACCGUCUCAGAUGGGGGCACAUCUCCCAGGCAGUCCUCCGUUUGGGUGGUGGUCCAGGUUCUGGAUGAGAAUGAUAACAAACCUCAGUUUCCAGAGAAAGUCUAUCAGAUCAAGCUGCCAGAGAGGGACCGUAAGAAAAGAGGGGAGCCAAUCUACAGAGCUUUUGCUUUUGACAAAGACGAAGGCCCUAAUGCAGAAAUCUCGUACAGCAUUGUGGAUGGAAACGAUGAUGGGAAAUUUUUUAUUGAUCCCAAAACAGGGAUGGUUUCUUCCAGAAAGCAGUUCACAGCGGGGAGUUAUGACAUCUUAACAAUAAAAGCAGUGGACAAUGGCCGGCCCCAAAAAUCUUCAACUGCACGCCUCCAUAUUGAGUGGAUAAAAAAGCCUGCACCCUCGCCCGUGCCCCUGACUUUCGAUGAACCCUUUUACAACUUCACCGUCAUGGAAAGCGAUAAAGUGACAGAAAUCGUCGGGGUGGUCUCUGUGCAGCCAUCUAACAUUCCUCUCUGGUUUGAUAUUGUCGGAGGGAAUUACGAUAGUUCUUUCGACGCGGAGAAGGGAGUGGGCACUAUUGUCAUUGCAAAGCCCUUGGAUGCAGAGCAGAGGUCAAUAUAUAAUAUGACUGUGGAGGUCACCGAUGGAACAAACAUUGCCACGACUCAGGUUCUUAUCAAAGUGUUGGAUAACAAUGAUAAUGGCCCCGAAUUCUCUCACCCAAGUUAUGAUGUCACCAUUUCAGAGGACAUCCUCCCUGAUACUGAAAUUCUGCAAAUUGAAGCUAUAGACAGAGAUGAAAAGCAUAAGUUGAGCUACACUAUUCACAGCAGCAUCGAUACAGUCAGCGUGAGAAAAUUCAGAAUUGAUCCCAGCACUGGGGUGCUCUAUACUGCUGAGAGAUUAGACCAUGAAGCUCAAGAUAAGCACAUCCUUAAUGUCAUGGUCCGAGAUCAAGAAUUCCCUUAUAGAAGAAACCUGGCCAGAGUCAUCAUAAAUGUGGAAGAUUCCAAUGACCAUAGUCCGUACUUUACCAGCCCAUUGUACGAAGCCUCGGUGUUUGAAUCAGCAGCAGUCGGAUCAGCAGUCUUGCAGGUCACAGCUUUGGACAAAGACAAAGGAGAAAACGCAGAGCUUAUCUACACUAUUGAAGCAGGAAAUACAGGAAACACAUUCAAGAUUGAACCAGUUUUAGGGAUCAUUACGUUACUGAAGGAGCCAGACUUAACCACAAUGGGACAGUUUGUUCUGUCAGUCAAAGUGACAGAUCAAGGUUCUCCACCGCUGUCUGCAACAGCAAUUGUGCGGAUAUCUGUGACGAUGGCAGAUAACUCCCACCCUAAGUUCACUCUCAGAGAAUACCAAGCGGAGGUUAAUGAAAAUGUGGAUAUUGGUACUUCUGUCAUCUCUCUCUCUGCAAUCAGUCAGUCCACGUUAGUUUAUGAGGUUAAAGAUGGGAAUGUGGAUGGAGUCUUCACCAUAAACCCAUAUUCUGGAGUGAUCACCAGUCAAAAGGCCCUUGACUAUGAACGUGCUUCCUUCUAUCAGCUCAUCAUACAGGCAACAAAUAUGGCAGGCAUGGCAUCAAAUGCCACUGUGAACAUUCAGAUUGUUGAUGAAAAUGAUAACCCACCAGUUUUUCUCUUCUCUCAGUACUCGGGCAGCAUAAGCGAAGCUGCUCCUGUAAAUAGCAUAGUCCGGAGUGCAAAUAACAGUCCCCUCGUGAUACGUGCCACUGAUGCUGACAGCAACCAGAAUGCUUUGCUUGUCUACCAGAUUGUUGAAUCUACUGCAAAAAAGUAUUUCACGGUAGAUUCCAGCACAGGUGCAAUCAGAACAAUUGCAAAUUUAGAUCACGAAACAAUAGCCCACUUCCACUUCCACGUGCAUGUUAGAGACAGUGGGAACCCCCAGCUUACAGCAGAGAGCCCAGUUGAAGUGACCAUUGAGGUAACUGAUGUCAAUGACAACCCACCAGUCUUCAGCCAGGCCGUAUUUGAGACAGUCUUGCUCCUGCCCACGUAUGUUGGUGUUGAGGUUCUCAAAGUCAAGGCUACAGACCCAGAUUCAGAGAUCCCUCCUGAACUAACCUAUAGUCUAAUUGAAGGCAAUAUGGACCAUUUUUUAAUUGAUUCAAGCACAGGGGUACUCACCAUUAAAAACAAUAGCCUCUCCAAAGACCAUUAUAUGCUAAUAGUGAGAGUAUCUGAUGGGAAAUUUUAUAGCACUGCUAUGGUGACAAUAAUGGUAAAAGAAGCCAUGGAUAGUGGGCUCCAUUUCACACAAAAUUUUUAUUCUACUUCUAUCUCGGAAAACAGCACCAAUAUCACAAAGAUUGCGGUGGUGAAUGCUGUUGGUAACCGCCUCAAUGAGCCUUUGAAGUACAGUAUAUUAAACCCGGGCAACAAAUUUAAAAUCAAAUCCACCUCAGGAGUCAUUCAGACAACUGGCAUCCCCUUCGACCGAGAGGAACAAGAGCUGUAUGAGUUGGUGGUGGAAGCAAGCCGUGAACUAGAUCACCUUCGUGUCACUCGAGUGGUGGUGAGGGUUUACAUUGAGGACAUAAAUGACAAUGCCCCGGUGUUCGUAGGGCUUCCAUACUAUGCUGCUGUGCAAGUCGAUGCUGAGCCUGGUACCCUAAUAUAUCGAGUGACAGCUAUUGAUAAAGAUAAGGGUGAAAACGGUGAGGUGUCAUAUCUUCUGAAGGAAGACUACGGACAUUUUGAAAUUGAUAGAGGAUCUGGUAGCGUCACUUUAAAAGAAGCCUUCAAUUCUGAUUUGUCUAACAUAGAGUAUUUGGUUGUCAUUCUUGCAAAAGAUGGCGGUAACCCAUCACUGUCUGCUUCGGUAGAGCUCCCCAUUACUAUUGUUAACAAAGCGAUGCCUGUAUUUGACAAGCCCUUCUAUACAGCUUCCGUGAAUGAAGAUGUAGAAAUGCACACGCCAAUUUUAAGCAUAAAUGCAACCAGUCCAGAAGGUCAGGGUAUCAUUUAUAUCAUUGUCGAUGGAGAUCCCUACAACCAGUUUAAUAUCGACUUUGAUACUGGAGUUCUGAGUGUCAUCAGCCCACUGGACUAUGAAAUAAAUUCUCUUUUCAAGCUGAUGGUGCGAGCCAGCGAUGCCCUCACUGGCGCUCGAGCUGAGGUCACUGUGGACUUGAUCAUUAAUGAUGUUAACGAUAAUCCUCCAGUUUUUGAUCAGUCAGCUUAUAAUGCUACUUUGUCUGAAGCAUCUUUGAUUGGGACUCCUGUACUGCAGGUUGUUGCUAUUGAUGCUGACUCUGACAAUAACAAGAUUGUGCAGUAUCAGAUAGUCCAGGACACCUUUAACAGCACAGACUAUUUCCAUAUAGACAGCACCAGUGGCCUAAUUCUGACAGCCCGGAUGCUGGAUCAUGAACUCGUACAGCAGUGCAGCUUGAAAGUCAGAGCAACCGAUAAUGGGUUCCCACCGCUAAGCAGUGAGGUUCUUGUUAGUAUCUCAAUAACAGAUAUGAAUGACAACCCUCCAGUUUUUAACCAAUUAAUAUAUGAAUCGUAUGUGAGCGAACUGGCACCUCGGGGUCAUUUUGUGACUUGCGUCCAAGCCUCUGAUGCCGACAGCUCUGAUUUUGACAGACUGGAGUACAGCAUCCUAUCAGGAAAUGAUCGAACCAGUUUUAUUAUGGACAGCAAGAGUGGUGUUAUCACCCUUUCCAACCAUCGCAAACAGAGAAUGGAGCCCAUGUACAGCCUAAAUGUCUCUGUGUCAGACGGGCUGUUCACCAGCACAGCUCAGGUGCACAUACAGAUCCUCGGGGCCAACCUCUACAGCCCUGUGUUUUCGCAGAGCGUUUAUGUUGCAGAGGUUAGAGAAAACGCUGCCCCUGGAACUAAGGUAAUCCAUGUGAAGGCAACAGAUGGGGAUUCAGGUGUAUACGGCCAGAUAAGCUACUCCAUAAUAAAUGACUUUGCCAAGGACCGAUUUUUGAUUGAUAGCAAUGGGCAGAUUCUGACAACUGAGAGGUUAGACCGGGAGAACCCGCUGGAAAGUGAUAUCGGUAUAUUUUUGAGAGCCCUCGAUGGAGGUGGCAGGACUACGUUUUGCACUGUGAGAGUGAUAGUAGUGGAUGAGAAUGACAACGCUCCUCAAUUUAUGACAGUCGAAUACAGAGCAAGUGUCAAAGCAGAUGUUGGGAAAGGUUAUUUGGUAACCCAAGUGCAAGCAGUAGAUCCAGAUGAUGGAGCCAAUUCCAGAAUUACCUAUUCUCUGUAUAGUGAAGCCUCUGUUUCAGUAGCUGAUCUGCUUGAAAUAGAUCCGGACAAUGGAUGGAUGGUCACCAAGGGUAGCUUUAACCAGCUGAAAAACACAGUUCUGUCAUUCUUUGUCAAAGCAGUUGAUGGAAAGCAUUCCCUCAUUCCUGUCUACAUCCAUGUUUUACCCCCAGAAACUAUUUUGCCUUCCUUUUCUCAACCCCAGUAUUCUUUUACCAUAGCAGAAGACACCCUCAUAGGUAGCACCAUUGACAUUCUGCAUGUUUUGCCUAAUCAGGGUGCUUUGUACAGCACAGUUAAUGGUGAGCUGACGGAAAACAACAAAGAUGAGGUUUUCAUCAUAGAGCAAGACACGGGGCUCAUAAAACUGGAUAAGAGACUUGACCACGAGACAAAUCCUGCUUUUCACUUCAAAGUUGCGGCUACCAUUCAAUUAGACAAAGUAGACAUUGUGUUGACUGUGGAUGUGGAGGUUAAGGUAUUGGAUGUAAAUGACAACAAGCCCAUGUUUGAAACAGCUAGCUAUGACACUAUAAUAAUGGAAGGGAUGCCUAUAGGAACAAAACUUAUGCAAGUUAAAGCGGUUGAUGCAGACUCGAGUGCAAAUGGGCAGGUCACCUAUACACUUGCAGUGGAAUCGGAGCUGGAGAAGAUCACAGAAGCGUUCACCAUUGAUAGCAACAGUGGCUGGAUCAGCACGCUGAAGGAUCUGGACCAUGAAAAGGAUCCUGCUUUCACCUUUGCAGUGGUGGCCUCAGAUCUGGGGGAAGCUCUAUCCUUGUCAUCAACCGCCUUGGUCUCAGUUACUGUGACAGAUAUAAAUGAUAACGCACCCAUCUUUGAGCAUGAGGUGUACAGAGGGUCAGUGAAGGAGAGUGACCCUCCAGGGGAAGUUGUGGCUGUUCUUAGCACCUGGGAUGAAGACACGUCUGAUGUCAACCGGCAGGUUAGCUACCAUAUUACAGGAGGGAACCCCAAAGGGAAGUUCGCUCUGGGACUGGUUCAGAAUGAAUGGAAGGUUUAUGUUAAAAGGCCUCUAGAUCGGGAAGAGCAAGAUGUUUAUCAUCUGAACAUCACCGCCACAGACGGCCUCUUUGUAACGCAGACUGCCGUGGAAGUGACCGUCACUGACGUUAAUGAUAACAAUCCAGUUUGUGAACAGGUUGCAUAUACAGCACUGUUUCCUGAAGACAUUCCAUCAAACAAAGUCAUUCUUAAAAUCAGUGCUGAAGAUGCUGACAUUGGGUCCAAUGGUGAAAUUCGCUACUCUCUUUAUGGUGCUGGGAACAAUAAAUUUUUCUUAGAUCCGGAAAACGGUGAGCUGAAAUCCUUGGCCCCUCUCGACCGAGAGAAAAUCCCUGCAUACAACUUGGUUGCCCGAGCCACAGACGGUGGUGGCAGGUUUUGCCAAUCAGAAAUCCAUCUUAUUUUAGAAGAUGUUAAUGAUAAUCCACCAGUGUUUUCAUCUGAUCACUACACCGCAUGCGUCUAUGAGAAUACAGCCACUAAAGCUUUGUUAACAAGAGUCCAAGCCACGGAUCCUGAUGUCGGACUGGAACAUAAAUUGUUGUUUAAUAUAGUUGUAAUUUGGACACAUGCUUAG